AUGGCGAGCUCAAUGGCUUCAUUUCACGAUCUGUUAUCCAAGCACGGUAUACCUCUCGAAAAAGCCCAAGAUGUUAACAUCAACGAGUAUGCUGUCUAUGGAGAACAAGUUCCUUCCGCGGGCGUGUGGUGGAUUGCUGGUCUUGAGCGAGAAAAUGCACAUGGUCUUCGAGGGAAUUGGGCUAUCGCUGGAGCGUUGCAUGACUUUAUGGCUGGUCUUUUGAGUAAGCCGAACAGCAGUGACGGGAGCUACGCCAUCGAGGGCGAGGGAUACUGGCCAACAGCCGAGUUUCAGGUGUACAAGUACUACGCCUCUAGCAUGAACGGUCAACGACUAAAGACCAGUGCUAGUUCAGAUGGACUACUGGAUGUAUAUGCCACCGUUGAGGCAGAUGUUGUGCAGAUAUUGGCUGGUACUCGUUCAAGACCUGGCAAUUGGUCUGUUGAUGUAAUUGGCUUGACCGAUGAUACACGAGUCACAGUCAAGACUUUGGCGUUUCGUGUUGUUGACGGGGAUAAGUUCAGGCGCGUUGAUGGCCCGCAUGAUCUUGGGGAGAGGGAAGAGGUCGUGAAGGAAGGAAGGGUAAGGUUGAGGAUGAAGCAUCAGGAUCCUACGACGGCCUUUGCUUUUGAGCUGUCGAUUGCAGAGGGAAGGUAG